UGAAGGCCAACUCAUGAACUUGUUAUGUUUGCUUUUUUCAUUUGGACUUGGGAAUUUCCCUUUGCCUUUUUUCCCCUUGCAGCAUUUCUCUGCUUCCCUUUAAAUAAUGAAUAUGGCAGAUUCUCCAAUCAUCUCCUCCACUCUGUAGGAAACACACAUUAUUGCCCCCAACAACCAAAUCCUUUUCACUAUAUAGCCUCCUAGCUACUCACUUCCCUUCAAUAUAUAUCACUUCUAAAUACCAUAAUAUAUAUUCAUCACCUUUUCUUCUCUUCUAACUUAUUACCAUCUUUGUUUUUUUUUCCUUUGAAUCUUCAUGAUGAGUCAUUCUUCAUCUACAACUUCUGUGAAUGGCUUCUACAACUUCCUAACUAGAGGACUUGACAAUCUUGAUCACUUGUUUCUAUCUCAAAACUUCAUGUCUUUCCAUUUUCUUCAACAUGUUUUGUCAUGUCUAAGGUCUUUUCAUUCCCAAUUGACAUUACUUGUCCAAAAGUUGCAUUUGCCUGUUGGAGAGAAAUGGCUUGAUGAGUACAUGGAUGAAAGUUCAAGGCUUUGGGAAGCUUGUCAUGUUCUCAAAUCAGCAAUCUCCAGCAUGGAGAACUAUUACACUGCUGGUGUCAAUUUUGCUUCUUCUCUUGAUGAUCACCACAUUUUAAAUCCCCUGCUUUCCCGCCAGGUUAUUCGAGCAAUAAAUCGUUGUCAGAGAGAAAUAGUAGUACUUGAAGAAGAAAACAAGAGCCUAAUGGAAACAAGAAUGCAGGAUAUAUCAUUAAGGUUCGACGAAGAUGUUCUGAUAGGAUCAAAAUUCAAUGGAUUCAGUGGCUUCAGAGGAGUGCUUUAUGCAAUGAAGAAUGUCAGCUCAUUGCUUUUGGUCAUUCUGUUGACUGGAUUAGUAUAUUGUUGGCCACAAACAAGUUUUUACCGGAGUGGUGGUCAUGAGGGGAACAUGGUUUUUGGUUCAUCUUUUAUAGUUUCAACUUCGAGAUUGCAUCAGAGAGUAGCAGCUGAGGUGAAUCAGGCCGAAGGACAACUGCCCGGGAUCCUACUCUUCGAGUAUCGUAGAGCAAGAGUAGCCAUGGCUGAGCUGAAAAUUGAACUAGAAAGAGCCAAAGAAUGUGGAUUAGUACUAUCACAAGUUGACAUCCAUGAUAAGAUUGAAAAUUUGAAAGAUUGCUUUGGAAUGUUGAAAUGUGGGGCAGAAAGCAUCAUUGGCCAACUUGAUGACUUCUUUGAUGAAAUAGUAGAAGGAAGAAAGAAACUUUUGGACUUAUGCACUCAUAGGUAAAACACACAAAGGGAGAAGAAAUAUGUGUCAGCAAGUGCAACCAUAGCCUUAGGAGAUGGUAGAAUUGUAACAAUAACUUAGUAUGAUAGUCCUUUUUUCUUUUUGGUUUUUAGAUCCUAAAAAUUUCAUCUUUUUAUUUUCCUAUUUUGCAGCUAAGUUUAGUCUUGAAAACUUAAGGAGGAAGUUUUCUUUGUCAAGUACUGCAUGAAUAUUAUUAUCCUCAAGGAAAAAAAAAAAACAGAAUGUGAUUCUUCCUUUGAAUAAAAGUAACAUUACUAAACAAGAAGAAUAUGUUGGAUAAAGAUAGCUUCCAAAGAAAAAAUGAAAAAAAUUAUAGUAAUUCAAAUAAAAAUUCACUCAAAGUGUAGAUUCUUCCUC